CGUGGCACAAGCAAGUCACUAUGAAAUUCUCUUUUAAAUUUUCGAACCUGUUAGGUGCUGUGUACAAGCAAGGCUCUAUCCUAUUUUCCUCUGAUGGUAAUAAAGUACUGAGUCCAGUGGGCAACCGCAUAUCGCAAUUUGAUUUGAAAAAUAACAAGUCGUGCACUUUUCCAUUUGAAAAUCAAAAGAAUAUUUAUUGUUUCACUGUAUCGCCUGAUGGAUCCCUAUUGAUCAGUGUGGAUGAGGAUGGGAAGGCUAUAUUGGUUAAUCUUCAGCAUCAUAUUGUAUUGCAUAGUUUCAAUUUUAAAUCAAAAGUAUAUGACAUCAGAUAUAGUCCUAAUGGAAAGUAUGUUGCUGUGACACACGGGAAAUCACUCCAGCUGUGGCAUGCCCCGGGACGUUAUGUUGAUUUUGCUCCUUUUCACUUAUACAGAAAGUACCCGCCUAUGUAUGACGACACUAGAUGCAUUGAUUGGUCCGACGACUCUAGAUUUGUAGCUGUUGGUUCACGUGAUAUGAGUUGCCGUGUCUAUUCUUCUGUUAAAGGAAUCCGCCAUGCUACUCUGCUGGGUCACAGGAGUACAGUGUGUGCCGUCUUCUUUGAGAAAAACUCUUUAACCCUGUACACUGUAAGUAAAGAUGGAGCAGUCAUUGUAUGGGAACCUACCAAAUCAAUGGAAGAGAUUGAGGAGUUCCUGACAGGUGAAGGGACCACAGAGGAAGAUGGAGAGAAGGGGAGAGAGAAGGACUUCACUCAAGAAGAGGAAGAGGAGGAGGAGGAGACAAGAGAAGAUCUGCCAGUGUCAAAAAGAAAGCAAACGGAUAAAAUCAUCUUUUGGAAAAAACAAGCAAAGCAUUUAUUUUCUCAAGACAGAGCUCGUGUCACGUGUGCAACAUUGCAUAAGUCGGGCAGGAUGCUAAUCACUGGUUUCAAUAAUGGAGUGUUCACUCUUCAUGAAAUGCCUGAUUUCAACCUAAUCCACUCUUUGAGUAUUUCAGAGCAUCGGAUUACAAGUGUAUCAGUUAAUUCAACUGGUGAGUGGUUAGCAUUUGGCUCCAGCACAUUAGGUCAGCUGCUGGUCUGGGAGUGGCAGUCAGAGACGUACAUACUGAAGCAGCAGAGCCACAAUAACGAGAUGAACGCCAUGUGCUACUCACCAGACGGCCAGUUGAUUGCUACUGGUGGGGACGAUGGAAAGGUUAAGUUAUGGAACACUUCCUCCGGGUUUUGUUUUGUCACAUUUUCAGAGCACACUGCUCCUGUGACGUCAGUUCUAUUUAAUGCCUCCUGUAAGUUUGUGGUGAGUGGGUCGCUGGAUGGAACCGUAAGAGCUUACGAUCUCCAGAGGUAUAGGAAUUUCCGUACCUUAGCUUCACCGCGUCCGGUUCAGUUUCGAUCGCUGGCACUGGAUAUCAGUGGAGAGGUAGUAGCUGCUGGCUCUGUGGACACUUUUGAAAUAUUCGUAUGGUCAAUGAAAAAUGGACGACUUCUUGAAAUUUUGACUGGUCAUGAAGGUCCAGUAAGUGGUUUGGCGUUCUCUCCUUCUCGCUCGAUACUUGGUUCCUCCUCUUGGGACAAAACUGUUAAACUUUGGGACGUGUUUGAAAGUAAAGGAAACAUUGAGACUCUCCCUCACUCAACCGAUGUAUUGACUUUAUCUUAUUCUCCUGAUGGAUCUCAGCUAGCAGUCGCUACAUUAGAUGGAGUUAUAUCACUAUGGGAUGUCAACACUUCUUCUCAAAUUGGUACUAUCGAAGGACGGAAUGAUCUUGAAGUUGGUAGGAGAUCGGCCGAUAAGAUAACUGCUAAAAGACUCUCAGAGAACACUCAUUUCACAACUCUGUGCUAUACAGCUGACGGCCAGUCCCUCCUAGCUGGUGGUAGAUCAAAGUUUGUCUGUCUGUAUGAUGUUAGACAUCAGCAGCUCCUCAAGAAAUAUCAAACGUCCAAUAAUCAGAUUUAUGAUGGAAUGAAGAGGGUUCUUAGCAGUCGUAAUAUGACCGAGGCUGGCCCAUUGGACAUGAUAAGUGAUGAUGAUGAAAGAGACUCCGAUGAUGAUAGAAGACUAAUACCGUUACCAGGUGUCAGGAAAGGUGAUUAUAGCUCACGUAAAACUCAUCCAGAAAUAAGGACAAAGUCCCUUCAGUUCUCACCAACUGGUAAGGCGUGGUCAGCAGUGACUACGGAAGGGCUACUGGUCUUUACCCUGGACAGUGGUAUAGUCUUUGACCCGUUUGAUCUCACAGUUGAUGUGACAGUCGAAUCAGUGAGAGAUGCCGUCAAAGGAAAGGAUUUCACCAACGCACUGAUCAUGAGCCUCCGCCUAAAUGAGCCUGACGUGGUUGUGGAAGCAAUCGAAUCAAUUCCUGUAGCUAACAUUGAGCUGAUUCUUAACGGUCUGUCUCCAGUUUACAUUGAGAGAUUAUUGCCAGUGCUGGCAGAGAGACUUGACGCAUCUCCUCACAUUCAAUACUACAUCACUUGGUCCUCAAAGCUGCUCUCUCUGCAUACAGAAACCAUCAAGCAGAACAGUACUUCACUAGCAAGUCUUAUUACAGACCUGCAAAAGAGCAUCAUUCAAAAACAGAAGGAUCUUGGCAAGUUGUAAGU